GAAUCCAAGCACUCCACAUGGUCUUAAAAAGCUUCCUUCUCCGACUAAUGGAGAUAAAGAUAUUGGUGGUCUUUUGCAAAAACGUGGUGCAAAAUAUUCGUCUCGUCCACCGAGUUAUUAUCUUCAUCAAAUAUUGGCAAGAAAUAAAGCGUUUGUUCGUGUCUUAUUUUGA